UCCCAGGCUGCCCCGCGCGCGCGCGCCGACAGUUCGGCCACGUCCCUGGCCACGUCGCGGCCGCUCUCGCCAUCUUCGCCGCUUCCUCUCAGGGGCUGCUGCUGCCUGAGCCGCCGAGCUCCGGGGCCGACGCGCUGCGCCGACCGCCGCCAUGAACAUCUUCCGGCUGACCGGGGACCUGUCCCACCUGGCGGCCAUCGUUAUCCUGCUGCUGAAGAUCUGGAAGACGCGUUCCUGCGCGGGUAUUUCUGGGAAAAGCCAGCUUCUGUUUGCACUGGUCUUCACAACUCGUUACCUGGAUCUUUUUACUUCAUUUAUUUCAUUAUAUAAUACAUCUAUGAAGGUUAUCUACCUUGCCUGCUCCUAUGCCACAGUGUACCUGAUCUACCUGAAAUUUAAGGCAACCUAUGAUGGAAAUCACGAUACCUUCCGAGUGGAAUUUCUGGUGGUCCCUGUGGGAGGCCUCUCGUUUCUAGUCAAUCAUGAUUUCUCUCCUCUUGAGAUCCUCUGGACCUUCUCCAUCUACCUGGAGUCUGUGGCUAUCCUUCCGCAGCUCUUUAUGAUCAGCAAGACUGGGGAGGCCGAGACCAUUACCACCCACUACCUGUUCUUCCUGGGCCUCUAUCGCGCUUUGUAUCUUGUGAACUGGAUCUGGCGCUUCUACUUUGAGGGCUUCUUUGACCUCAUUGCUGUGGUCGCCGGCGUAGUCCAGACUAUCCUAUACUGUGACUUCUUCUACUUGUACAUUACAAAAGUACUCAAGGGAAAGAAGCUCAGUUUGCCAGCAUAAGUGCCAAAGACCAUCACCAGCAUCUGUCCUUCAGGGUGCUUGGACAGAAUUCUUACCACAGCAAAGGCAUAAGAUGCUUGAUACGGAAAAUCAGAAACUUAACUCUUUUGUUGCAGAUAGUCAUCAGUGGCUCUGUAAGAACGCAGAGGAAAAGAGCCAGAAGGUUUCUGUUUAAUGCAUCUUGCCUUAUCUUUUUUUAUUACUGUGUACAAAGAUUUUUUACACAAAGAAACUUAAUGCUGUAUUAAUAAAUUCAGUGUGUAGCUUCAAUUGGGAUAGUUUCAAAAGUGAAGAUUUUGUGAGGAAUAAGUGCAAAUGUUCUUUUUUUAUUUUAAAAAAAUUCUUUGAAACUGUUAAGUCUUUGUGUCUGCAAUGAAAUUGUACUCCUUGACAGUUGGUAGAUUAUAUAUUCUUCCACCUAUCAAAAUUGCAUUCCACUAUAUUUAUUUUUUGCCAAAAGAUGAGCUCUAUUUGUUUGAAAUCUGAGACACUAUGUUCAAUUGGCUGUAUCUGUUCAAAUUUAUUCCCAUGUGAUGUGGAACUCCUUUGUUGGAUGUCACAACACUACAUUUAAGGUUGGUAAGGAUGACUUGCAGGUCCAUGGUUUUCAUUACCGAAAUUUUAAGAUUCUGAAUGUCGAUGGAGUCUCACUGAAGAGUUACCAAAGGUGCCUGCCCUCCUUCCCUGCUGGAACGUGUCAGUUGGAGACUGUCCCAAGGGUGCCGAAGAAUCCAGUGGCAGGGGUUCUGGCUGUUUUCCGUCUGAGUGUGGGAUGGGAGGGGUGUUCAUGAUCAUUUGGAUAUAGGAGUCUACUGCUAUGAGGAAUGGAACACAAGUAGUUAACCUAUCACUUUCAUUUACAAUGCCAAAAGAUGACUACAACCACGUCCCUGCUCAGAUUCAAACAGUUUUCCGCAUCACUUUUUGGUGGUAAGAUGAUUUACAGUUGUUGUUUUUUUUUUUAGUUGACAGCACCACUUACCAUUCCUUAUAUUCUUUUUGUUCUGUGUGGUUUUUUUUCUUUUUAUUUAACCCACAGUCAACAUCAUAGUUUCUCAUUUUGUUUUACUGAGCUCUUGUAUGACUUAUGUUACCAUCCUAAAAAACACUAUUAAAUAUAGAAUAAAUUAUCCUUUUUAUGAAUUAGGCUUUU